AUGGUGGAUGAACAUAAUAAGACCAUUGAAAGCUAUGAAUUGGAUAAUAGCAUUGCACAAAUUAAAGCAUCGUUUAAUGAUUUUGUUUCGGAAUUCAAACAAGCUGACACUACUGAUGCAAAAUAUACAUUAAUUGAACAAAUUAUUACUUCAUUGACAAAUCUGCCUAAAGGAUAUGCAAUCCUUGCCGAAUUUGAGCUGUUCACGCACGAUAUUUUCGUCAUUUUACGUGACUAUGCCAUUAUCAAUCUACUUCGUCAAAAACAAGUAGAAAAUAAUACUACACAAACAGUUUUGCUGAGUACUUCAACAUUGUUUAUGAAUCUAUGUAAUUGCAUUAAUAACACUAAUACUAAUAAUUACAAAGAUCUACUGUUUCACAAACCAUUGAUCGAUGAACUUGCGUAUUGUCUUCAUGAGAUGGGUACAUAUGGAAAAUAUUUGAAUGAUCCAACACGCCUUCGUUCAGUGAAAUUCUUAUUAAGAGCAUUCAAGAAUACUCUGAUACAUAAAAUGUGUAACGAUUAA